AUGGGUAUCGGCGCAAUCAUCAUCGUGGGCGCUGGUGUUGUUGCGCUUUCCACCGCGUACGAUUUGCUCGCUCAACACCCUGCCACACGCGUCUUGAUCAUCGCCGCCGAACUGCCCACCGACCCGGCGAGCUCAUGGACGGCCGACUACGCCUCCAUGUGGGCGGGCGCGCACUACCGCCCCAUUGCUCCUUCGACGCCGCAACUUCGAGCUGAAUUCGCCCUGGCUCAGAACACGCACCGGAUGAUGAAGCGCAUUGCGAGAGAUAAGCCGGAGUCGGGAUGCGGGUUCAUGGGAGCCGUGGAGUACAUGGAGAACCCAGGCGAGAGGGAACUACAGCUGAAGAGCCGGGACAUCUUUGCGGGUGAGGGCGAUGGCUUCCGAGUCCUCAGCCCCGAGGAGCUGCCCGACAAAGUGAAGUGGGGAUGCGAGUACGACGCAUAUUGCAUCGACACACAGAAGUACUGCCAGUGGCUUCUGCAUCAGAUACAGAAAACGGGACAAGUUCGUGUUCUACGGCGGCAGUUGAGUCAGGUUCUAGAUGCAUUUGAGGCGGCAGAGGCCGUCAAUUUUCCAAAGGCCAAGAUAGUGGUCAACUGCUCCGGUAGAGGCUUUGGAGAUCCAAAGAGUAAGAUUGUCAGGGGUCAGACGGUACUGGUAAAACAACAAUACCACAAAUCAGUCACAAGGCAAUGCGCGGAUGGAUCGUGGACGUUCCUGAUACCCAGACCAAAUAUGGGAGGGACUAUUGUAGGUGGGACAAAGGAGGAGGACGAUUGGCGGAGCGAGCCACGUGAAAGCACUAGAAAAGCCGUACUGCAAAAGGCCGUGGAAUGUUUCCCUUACUUUGUUGACGAUGUCAGUCAGUUCGAAGUGAUUCGAGACAAUGUUGGUAGACGGCCGUUCAGAGACGGAGGAUUGCGAAUGGAGCUGGAGGAGCUGGAUGGUGACAGGCGCAUCGUUCAUGGCUACGGAGCUGGAAGUCGCGGGUAUGAGCUUAGUUGGGGGAUCGCUGGCAAGUUGGUGAAGUUGUUAGAGCAAGCGACGGUUUCUCGGGCUUCUCUUUAA